CAAAAAUUUAGUUUACAGAGAUAAAUUGAGAGAGAUGGAAAUGGUGGAGGAUGUGGUCAUAGUUGGUGCAGGAAUUGCAGGGUUGGCAACCGCGGUGGCCUUGAAGAGAGUAGGGGUUCGAGCCAUGGUGCUCGAGAGGGCCGACGGGCUACGAGCCACGGGUUCAGCCCUAACCCUCUUUCCAAAUGCAUGGCUCGCUCUUGAUGCCCUUGGCGUCUCUCACAAGCUCACUUCUCUUUAUUCUCCUUUCAAAAAGGGUCGCACGAUAAAUAUUGAUACUGGAAUUGAUCAGAGGUUCCCUUUGAGGGGAAUAAUGAAUGAUCAAGAACAUGGACCGAGAUCAGUCCAUCGGAAAACGUUAUUAAAAGCUUUGGCUGAUGAAUUACCAGCUGAGACGAUUCGAUUUUGUUCAAAGCUAGCUGCAAUUCAAACAGAAGAACAAGAAGGUUCAACCAUUGUCAUAUUGAGAAUGGAAGAUGGAACCAUCAUCAAAACAAAGAUUUUAAUAGGAUGUGAUGGGGUGCACUCCAUGGUGGCGCGGUGGCUAGGGCUUGCAGAAGCAGCCAAUUCAGGGCGAUCAGCAGCCCGUGGGUUAGCUGUGUUUCCUGAAGGCCAUGGACUGGAACCAGAAGUGCAACAAUUGAAACAUAUGGACAAAAGAGGUGGGAUUAUUCCUAUCGACGAUAAGGAGGUUUAUUGGUAUCUCACUUGUACAUCUCCACCAAAAGGAGCUGAAAUGCCAAGAAAUUCGGAACUAAUCCUGAAAGAAGUAUCUGAGAACUAUGCCAGGAACUUCCCUCAACAUUACCUAGAAAUCAUUCAGCAUUCUGAUCUUUCAACAGUGACAUGGGCUCCUUUGAUGUUCAGGUAUCCGUGGAAAAUCAUCCUCGGAAACCUGAGUAAAGGAAACAUAACGGUAGCUGGAGAUGCCAUGCACCCCAUGACACCUGAUUUCGGACAGGGUGGCUGCGCCGCCCUGGAAGAUGCUGUCGUGUUGGGACGAUUCAUCGGCAACUCAAUCAUUGCCAAUAGGAGACUUGUGCCGGAGAAUCUGGCUCCAGCCUUGGGGGGAUAUGCCCAGGAAAGAAGAUGGCGUGCGGCUUGGUUGAUUACAGGAUCAUACACAUUGUGGUGGGUGCAACAAAGUGAGUUGAAAUGGUGGAUGAAAUUCUUCAGGACUGCAGUUUCUAUUUUGAUUUCGAUUUUGUCUCUUCGUAAUGCAAAUUUUAAUUGUGGGAACCUGCCUACUGGUUCUUGUGAUAAAUCAGGUGGUAACUCAUUGAAGAUACAUUAAUGUUAAUAACGUAAGUAGAGUCAGUAGACUUUAUAUGUAUGGGACAAAAUAAUGAUAUAU